AUGCGGGCGGGCGACCUGGUGGCUGAGGCGGGGGCCAUCCUCCGGGACCUGAUGCCCAUCCUCCGCCGCCCGCCAGACCGUAGCCCUGCAGGCUUCGUGCCUCCGUUUUCUCUGCUGUACAGUGGGAGUGAGGUUGCGGUCACAGCUCCGCCCUCGGGCUUCCGCGGGGAGCAGGUCGUCAAGUUUGUGGGCUGCCACGACAUCAACGGGGCCCUGGAGCCUUCCAGCAUAGACACCAGCAUUCUGGAGGAGUACAUCAGCAAGGAAGAUGCCUCGGACCUCACGCUCCCGGACUCUCCCCCAGACUCGGGCUCCGAGGCCUACUCCCCCCAGCAGGUGAAUGACCCCCAUCUCCUGCGCACCAUAACCCCGGAGACCCUCUGCCAUGUAGGAGUGUCCUCGCGCCUGGAGCACCCGCCCCCACCUCCAGCCCACCUGCCGGGGCCCCCGCCGCCCCCGCCUCACUACCCGGUCCUGCAGCGGGACCUGUACAUGAAGGCCGAGCCCCCGAUGCCCCCCUACGCUGCCAUGGGGCCGGGGCUGGUGCCCACCGAGCUGCACCACACCCAGCAGUCCCAGAUGUUGCACCAGCUGCUGCAGCAGCAUGGCGCAGAGCUUCCCACACACCCCUCCAAGAAGAGGAAGCACUCUGAAUCACCCCCCAGUACCCUCAAUGCCCAGAUGCUGAAUGGAAUGAUCAAGCAGGAGCCUGGGACCGUGUCGGCUCUGCCCCCGCACCCUGCUCGAGCUCCAUCCCCACCCUGGCCGCCCCAGGGCCCGCUGUCCCCGGGCCCCGGCUCCUUGCCCCUCAGCAUCGCCCGGGUGCAGACGCCGCCUUGGCACCCACCAGGCGCACCCUCACCAGGUCUCCUGCAGGACAGCGAUAGCCUCAGCGGUUCCUACCUGGACCCCAACUACCAGUCCAUCAAGUGGCAGCCGCAUCAGCAGAACAAGUGGGCGACCCUGUAUGAUGCCAACUGCAAGGAGCUGCCCAUGCUCACCUACCGCGUGGACGCUGACAAAGGUUUCAACUUCUCGGUGGGUGACGACGCCUUCGUGUGCCAGAAGAAGAACCACUUCCAGGUGACGGUGUACGUCGGCAUGCUGGGCGAGCCCAAGUAUGUCAAGACGCCCGAAGGCCUCAAGCCCCUCGAGUGCUUCUACCUGAAGCUGCAUGGAGUGAAGCUGGAGGCCCUGAACCAGUCCAUCAACAUUGAGCAGUCGCAGUCAGACAGAAGCAAGCGGCCCUUCAACCCCGUCACGGUCAACCUGCCGCCUGAGCAGGUCACAAAGGUGACCGUGGGGAGGCUGCACUUCAGCGAGACCACCGCCAACAACAUGCGCAAGAAGGGCAAGCCCAACCCUGACCAGAGGUACUUCAUGCUGGUGGUGGCCCUCCAGGCCCAUGCCCAGAACCAGAACUACACGCUGGCCGCCCAGAUCUCCGAGCGCAUCAUCGUGCGGGCCUCCAAUCCCGGCCAGUUUGAGAGUGACAGCGACGUGCUGUGGCAGCGGGCUCAGGUGCCCGACACCGUCUUCCACCAUGGCCGUGUGGGUAUCAAUACCGACCGGCCGGAUGAGGCUCUGGUGGUGCACGGCAAUGUCAAGGUCAUGGGCUCGCUCAUGCACCCUUCGGACCUGCGGGCCAAGGAGCACGUGCAAGAGGUGGACACCACGGAGCAGCUGAAGCGUAUCUCGCGCAUGAGGCUGGUGCACUACAGAUACAAGCCAGAGUUUGCAGCCUGCGCGGGCAUUGAGACCACGGCCCCAGAAACCGGUGUGAUCGCCCAAGAGGUGAAGGAGAUCCUGCCUGAGGCGGUGAAGGACUCUGGAGAUGUGACCUUUGCCAAUGGGAAAACCAUAGAGAACUUCCUGGUGGUAAACAAGGAGCGCAUCUUCAUGGAGAACGUGGGUGCCGUGAAGGAGCUGUGCAAGCUGACCGACAACCUGGAGACGCGCAUUGACGAGCUGGAGCGCUGGAGCCACAAGCUGGCCAAGCUGCGGCGACUGGACAGCCUCAAGUCCACCGGCAGCUCGGGCGCCUUCAGCCAUGCCGGGAGCCAGUUCAGCCGGGCAGGCAGUGUCCCCCACAAAAAGAGGCCCCCCAAGAUGGCCAGCAAGUCAUCCUCUGUGGCCCCAGACCAGGCCUGCAUCAGCCAGCGCUUCCUGCAGGGGACCAUCGUCGCCCUGGUGGUGGUCAUGGCCUUCAGCGUGGUGUCCAUGUCCACCCUGUACGUGCUGAGCCUGCGCACCGAGGAGGACGUGGUAGAGACGGAUGGCUCUUUUGCUGCGUCCACUUCCUGUCUUCUGGCCCUGCUCCGGCCCCAGGACCCUGGGGGGAGUGAGGCCAUGUGCCCAUGGUUCAGCCAGAGCUUUGGGACCACUGAGCGCCGACAGUCCCCUGGGAUGGCUGGGCUGCCAGGCACACGGCCCUCUCUGCUGCUGGUUCCCACCAGCCUGGCCCCAGGGCCAGCCCUCCGCACCUUGGACCUGUGCUUCAGCCAGUUCUGUCCCAUCAUCUGCUGCUCCUCGCCCACCCCCAAACCCACCACCGACCCAGGUCUUGGCACCAGCUUGCACCCUGGCCACAUUCCCAGUCCCUCUACCAACCACUCAGGCCCCAGCCAGAUGGCCCUGCUGCCGGUCACCAACAUCAGAGCCAAGUCCUGGGGCCUCUCAGCCAAUGGCAUUGGCCACUCCAAGCAUCCAAAGAGUUUGGAGCCUGUGGCCAGCCCUGCAGUCCCCUUCCCUGGGGGUCAAGGCAAAGCCAAGAACAGCCCCAGCCUUGGUCUCCAUGGCCGGACCCGCCGAGGGGUCCCUCAGCCCAGCCUGGGCCCUGCCCAGCCCACUCGGGACUGGGGCCAGCCAGACCCAGAGCCCUCCCUGACCUCCAUCCAGGUGCUGGAGAACUCAAUGCCCAUCACCUCCCAGUACUGCGCUCCAGGGGACGCCUGCAGGCCUGGAAACGUCACCUACCAUAUCCCUGUCAGCAGCAGCACCCCACUGCACUUCAGCCUGACCCUGCAGAUGAACUCCUCGGCCCCUGUGUCUGUGGUGCUGUGCGGCGUGAUGUCAGAGGCGGAGCCGUGCGAAGAGGGGGGCCAUCCCCAGGGCCUCCACAACCACCAGGACACCCAGGGCACCUCCCACCAGUGGCCAGUAACCAUCCUGUCCUUCCGCGAAUUCACCUACCACUUCCGAGUGGCACUGCUGGGUCAGGCCAACUGCAGCUCGGAGGCGCUGGGCCGGCCAGCCGCAGACUACUACUUCCACUUCUACCGCCUGUGUGACUGAGCUGCCCCCAGGCAGCUGUGCAGCAGGGCCCUGGGCCCCAGGAGCCACUCCACACACUGGAUGCAAAGGUGUUCCACUAGAGCCCCGCCCCCAGCUCUCUCCGCUCACUGGAACUCCCUCGGAGAGACUGAGCUGGGCUCGGCCCUCCCCCUGACUGGAGAAACUGGAAGUCCUCACACUGGAGCUGCUGUUCCUGCUGGCGGCACCUACCCCCUUGGUGGAGCUGGAGAGGCCCCUCUGGGGCGGCACAGGCCCAGCUCACACCUGUCCGGCUCCUCAGUUGGAGGGCUGGAUUCAGGCCCCGGAGGCAAGGAGAGGUCUGUGCGUGCAGGAGCUGCUCCUGCCCCCGAGACUGGAAGCACCCUUCAUCUGGAGAGUGGACUUCAGAAAUCAACAGGGGUCUUGCAUUUCGCACUAAGAGACUUGGCUUGGACCCCCGUCAGUGGAGGGCAGAUGCCCCCAUCCUUGAAGCUGCUCCCCAGGGUGGGGUGGAGGGCAAGGUAGCAGACUUUUUUAGGGUUUGACUGUUACGUUGGACUUGGACUUCUCAGCUUUAAACGAGGCCCAGGAGGUCUCUUCCCCCUGGGAGAGCUGAGUCCGCAUGAGCCCCUGGGGCAGCAGAAGCCGGCCCUCGGUGAGUUGGAGACUGACCAUGUAACCAGACACCUAGUGCCUGGCUGAACCAGUAGGUGCCACUGGGCCAGGUAAGCCUCGCACCCUUGAACCUGGAGUCCCCUGGAAUCCCCAGACGGUGGUGCAGUCCCACAGCUUAGGUCUGCAGAGGCUCCAUGGAGGGGACCCACCAUUUCCUGAGCAGAGGAGCAGGAAUCCCUGCAAGGCAGGCUGGUGUCGGGGUGGCGGGUGGAGAGCUCCCGCCAUUAGUGACGGAGUGAUGACUAAAUGCACUUGAGCCAGGGCAGGCGGGCAGGAUGGAAGCCAGAGUGGCCUGGGGCUGUCACACCCAGGACAAGGCCCAACUCAGCUGACCCAGGGAGCCUGGAGCCAUGCCUCCCACCUGCCCCCCCAGCAGGACUCUGGCAUCCCCCCAGCUUUUGUCUGCUGGUGGCCUUGUCUCCCCAAAUCAAGCUUGGACAGCCAAGCUAGAAGGGCCCUCGGCCGCUCCUGGGAGGGGAGCAGUAGGCUUGGCUUAGGGGAAGGGCAGGUCCAGUGGCCCCGCGAACCUUCCUUCGUGGCUGUCUGGGCAACCUAAAGCCACGUCCUGGCCCGCAGAUGUGGAAAUCACGGGGUCACGGCUGCUGUGGGUUCCAACGUGGGCAGGAACUGCCGCCCUUCUGGGCGACGCUGCCCUUUCUGGGAACCGGCCUUGCCUUGCUACCUCCCCGUCUCCACUCUGGACGGGAGGCUGUUGGGGGAGGAGCUAAAUCUCGAAGGAGCCUAUGAACUGCGGGUCCCCCUGCCCUGGCUCUCAAAGCACUUAUCCUCAGGAUAGGAACCCCAGGGGUCCCACCCCAGCCUCCUCAGUGUACCUCCACGCCCUCAUCCUGACCUAGGAACUGCCUGGCCUCCCACACCGGGCAGAAGGCCGAGCCUUAGGAUACUGCUUGUCCUCCUCCCGCCUGGGGACCCUCCCUAGAAGGCCUUCAACAACCUGUCCUGGCCCUUGUGAUUAGGAUCGUGGGGGCUUCCUCAGUGGGGAGUGAGCCCCUGGACUAUGGCCCCUCAGUCUUUUACUGGAAAGUGACCCUCCCCCUCCCCCUUCCCUGGAGCCCAAGUGCACACAGCACCGCCCCAAUCUAGUGAGCAGCUGGCUGUUUCCAUGCCUGGGGAGGUCCUCAGUGCAGGGGCGGGGCCCAGCUGCGGCUCCAAGCUGCUCUAAGGCGUCAAUCUCGGACCAAAGUUGCCUUAAGCCCGGUAAGGUCAAAGGGCUUCCAGGAAGGUGAGUGGCCCCUGCUGGAGGCAGACACGGCCCAGGCAGCCAGGGCCCAGGCAGCCGGGGCUGGUGAGUGGGUGUUUGGCUCUGGCCCCCACUCGGGGUCCAGCCACCUGUCCCUUCCUCCUCUUAUCCCCUCAGCCACCGGGCUGAUCUCCCCUAAGCUUCAAGCUGUACAUAGGGCGUCUAGCUGCCCAGGCCCCCCCCCGCCCACAUUAUGUCCCCCUAAAAGCCAGCGUGUGCCUAGAGCACCCCUCACUCCCAGUUAACUCCCAGCCCUAUCCCCAAGCGGUGACUCAUAUUUAUCGUGUACCCACUCUGAUGCUGAGGCGGGCGGAGGCUUGCCUGCUGCCUGCUGAACUGUUCUUUUCCUCUGAAAUAUACAUAUAUAAAUAAAUGUAUAAA